AAGAUCUGCUGCUUGUCAGAGCGAUCGGUUGUUUUGCACUUUGUGUGACCUUUUUAGAUUUUAGAUAGAAAGCGUGAAGAAAAGAGAAGUUUUGAGUUGACGCAUGAAACUACAUUAUUGUGAGGACGAAACACAGGACUGUGAGUGUGUUCGAUGCCGGUGCUGAGCUUCAUGUGGGCUCUGUGUGUGAACAUGAUGACAGUCAACAUGUUUCUGAGUCUCUUCUUCCUCUCAGGUGCUGCGGAUGCUUGUCAUUUCUAUUCAGCUCUGGAUGUUAAAACACCACAGAAGAUGGAGGCUCUGAGUGGAUCUUGUUUAAGAAUCCCAUGUAACUUUGACAAUCCAGAGGAGUUUGACGGCACAAGAGAAACUUCUGCAAAGUGGAUCACAUGUUGUUCUUUUUUGUUUUACAACCCUUCCCAUGUACUUUACGACAGUACAAAGGCAGACAAUGAAUAUUCAAUGAAGAUUACAGGAAACCUGCGUGAGAAAAACUGCACCACUGAGUUUUUUAAUUUAACCACAGGUUACUCACACAAUUACCACUUCAGGAUCAUCAACAAGCCUUUUGAAGCAACAGCUGUUUGCAAUCCUCUUGAGAUCAUAGUUAAAGAUUCUCCUCCGAGGCCCACAUUACAAGUCUCAGGUGAUCUGAAUGACCUGAAGGAGAAGGAGUCUGUCACUAUAACCUGCUCAGCUCCCACUCCCUGUCCACACCUCCCUCCUCGACUCACCUGGAGCCUCCAACAAGACGCUCACAGCCAAACAGAGGAAAACACAGAUGGAACUUUAACCACUAAGAUCCAGCAGACCAUCACUCUGUCAGACCAACACGAUGGAUUCAAGCUCAGCUGCUCUGCUGUGUAUCCUGUUGAUGGAGGACAACAUGUGAAAACAGCUGUGGCAGAGUUCACUCUCAGUGUUUCUUAUGCUCCUAAAGACACGUCAGCCUCCAUCAGUCCAUCAGGUUUGGUGUCUGCAGGGAGCUGGGUGAACCUGAGCUGCUCCAGCAGAGCCAGACCUGCUGUCAGCUACACCUGGUUCAAGAUCAGUGAUCGUGGAGCAGUCAGAGUGUCUGAAGGAGACUUUUACAGCUUUAAUGUGACGGAAGGAGGAGCUUAUUACUGUGUGGCUGCAAAUCAUCUGGGAAGUGAGAUGUCAGAGCAGAUUCUUCUGACUACUGAAGAUGAUCAGCGGUUUGGAUUCGGAGUCCUCCUUACUCUGAGGAUUGUGGGAAUCGUAGCUCUCUGCAGUUCAGUCGUCAUCUUUGAGUGCUGGUUCAGAAGGUUUCGCCAAAACCAAUGAAGGACUCACAAGAAGCAGACUAUGUCAACACAGUGGAGGAGAGUCGAGCCUCUUGAGCCACGAGGAGAAGAAGAAGGUUUUAAAUCCAUCAUUAGUGACGUGGUUUAUUCUUUCUUAUAAUGUCUAACGGCAUGUUUGCCAUUCCAUCCAUCCAUCCAUCUUCCACCGCUUAUCCGGGACCGGGUCUGUCAUUCCUGUAGUGAAAUCUGUUGUUUGGUGGAUCACAGCGUUUUCCAGUGUUGUAAAGAUGAACUGGUUCUGAUCAGUAGAGGAUAAACAGACAUGAUUUGUAGCUUGAUAUUUUCUUUGUGCAUUUAAAUUAGUUUGAUCUACAUUUGAAGUAUUAAAUUCCAUGUCGUGUUCAUUUCAUGAGCAACACACACCUUCAAUGUAUUCUUGUUUGUGCUUAUUGUUAUUGUUUCAGUUGUUUAUCGACAGGAGUGUUUUCCUUUCCAGUAAAAUUGUGUCUUCAUGGAAUUUUGCUGUUAUCAAAUUGUAAAACAUUAAAUAA